CCUGAAUUUGCUUCUGCUCUGGGUCCUACUGCGUCAGAACCAGCAGCCGGUCCUCGCCAAGCAAUUCCUCUCAAAAGCCAGAACCAGAAUCGUUCGUUUGGUUCUGGUUCGGAGCUGCAGCGACCAGAACUUCCAUCCAACACCCAGAACACCAGCCAGACCUGCAGCCAAACGGAGCAGAUUUAAGGAGAUUUGUUUGGAAAGAGAAGCACGCAGCUGUUUCUCUUUAGGAGCUUGAAACAUUGUUUUUCCAACGAGGAGUGAAGAAGCUUCAGGAAGCAGAACCACAAGAGAGAAAAAGACGGUGAAGCAUCAUCUGAGAGACAAACAGCCAGAAGAACAAACAAACAAACAAACAACAAGAGCAGAGAGAGAGGCAGGGAAGAGAGAGAAGGAGAGACAACCCCCCCGAGGGAAGUCAGGAGAGGCGGCCCCCGGCUCCACAGAAGGAGAGAGAGAGAGUGAGGGAGUGUUUUAAAGCCGGCAGGAGGCAUGAUGUCCUACAUUAAACAGCCCCAUUACGCCGUGAACGGGUUAACGCUGUCCGGCCCGGGCAUGGAUCUGCUGCACACCGCCGCCGUGGGAUACCCCAGCACUCCGCGCAAACAGCGCCGGGAGCGCACCACCUUUACGCGCGCGCAGCUGGACAUCCUGGAGGCUCUGUUCGCCAAAACUCGGUACCCGGACAUCUUCAUGAGGGAGGAGGUGGCCCUGAAGAUCAACCUGCCCGAGUCCAGAGUGCAGGUCUGGUUCAAGAACCGCCGGGCCAAGUGCCGCCAGCAGCAGCAGCAGAGCACCGGCCAGUCCAAACCCCGGCCCCCGAAGAAGAAGGCCUCCCCCGCGCGCGAUGCCAACACGGAGGCCAGCGCCAACCCCUCCAACGGGCCCUACAGCCCCCCGCCGCCUCCCCCCGGCACCGCCAUCACCCCCAGCUCCAGCGCGGCCAGCGCCACCGUGUCCAUCUGGAGCCCGGCCUCCAUCUCUCCGCUGCCGGACCCCCUGUCCGCCUCCACCACCCCCUGCAUGCAGCGCGCGACCACCUACCCCAUGACCUACAGCCAGGCCCCCGCCUACAGCCAGAGCUACGCGGGCUCCUCCUCCUACUUCACGGGCCUGGACUGCAGCUCCUACCUGUCCCCCAUGCACCCGCAGCUGUCCGGCACCGGCGGGGCCCUGAGCCCCAUCACGGCCUCCUCCAUGGGGGGCGCCCUCAGCCAGUCCCCCGCCUCCCUGUCCUCCCAGGGCUACACGGCCGCCUCGCUGGGCUUCGGAGCCGUCGACUGUCUGGACUACAAGGACCAAGCUGCCUGGAAGCUCAACUUCAACGCUGCUGACUGCCUGGACUACAAGGACCAGAACUCCUGGAAGUUCCAGGUCUUGUAAAUAAAAGGGGGGGGGGGGGUGUCUUAUAUGCUGAAGAACCUCAGAUUGUACUUGGUGUUGUAGAAGGAGCAGAACUUUGGACACCCAGAAGAAUGAGUGCAGCUGAAGAACAAACAGCUGAAAAUAAUCUUUGUUUUCUGUGUUAAAAUAAGGAAAUGAAUGAAGUAAAUAAAUAAAAUGUUGAUGAUCUGUUGAUGCUCAGAGCAUCAGCCUUUAAAUCAAGGAAGAAUGAAGUAUUUAGAAGUAAAAUGUGAUUAGAUAGAAACAGAAGAAACGUUUGACCUUUAUGCUCUUUGAAUCAGAACAUCAUGAAGCUGUUAGGCCUGAUCUAAAUGGACCUGUUGCCCCCCCCCCCCCCCCCGCCC